GCCGCAGCGCUCGCCGCCGCCGCCGCCGCCCGCCCGCCCGCCCGCCCGCGCCGCCGCCGCCGCCGGAGCCCCUCGCGCACCCUGGGGCAUGGCCGUCAAUGUGUACUCCACAUCCGUGACCAGUGAGAACCUGAGUCGCCAUGACAUGCUCGCGUGGGUCAACGACUCGCUGCACCUCAACUACACCAAGAUAGAACAGCUCUGCUCAGGUGCAGCCUACUGCCAGUUCAUGGACAUGCUGUUCCCCGGCUGCGUGCACUUGAGGAAGGUGAAGUUCCAGGCGAAGCUGGAGCACGAGUAUAUCCACAACUUCAAGGUGUUGCAGGCAGCCUUCAAGAAGAUGGGUGUCGACAAAAUAAUCCCUGUAGAGAAAUUAGUGAAAGGAAAAUUCCAAGAUAAUUUUGAGUUUAUUCAGUGGUUUAAGAAAUUUUUUGACGCAAACUAUGAUGGAAAGGAUUACAACCCGCUGCUGGCACGGCAGGGGCAGGACGCGGCGCCUCCUCCUAACCCAGGUGAUCAGAUCUUCAACAAAUCCAGGAAGCUCAUUGGCACAGCAGUUCCCCAGAGGACAUCCCCCACAGGCCCCAAAAACAUGCAGACCUCCGGCCGGCUGAGCAACGUGGCCCCCCCGUGUAUCCUCCGGAAGAACCCCCCAUCAGCGCGGAACGGCGGCCACGAGACUGACACCCAGAUCCUGGAACUCAACCAGCAGCUCUUAGACUUGAAGCUGACCGUCGACGGGCUGGAGAAGGAGCGCGACUUCUACUUCAGCAAACUUCGUGACAUCGAGCUCAUCUGCCAGGAACACGAGAGCGAGAACAGCCCCGUCAUCUCAGGCAUCAUCGGCAUCCUCUAUGCCACAGAGGAAGGAUUUGCACCCCCGGAGGACGAUGAGAUUGAGGAACCCCAACAGGAAGACCAGGACGAGUACUGAGGGCAGCCCAGCCCUGCCGACCGCCGGCUUCCUGGGGCUCCCCCGCCCCCCCCACACACACAUUAUAUUCCUUUCCUUACAGCUGGUCGGCCGGGUGCUUUGUCAGCCAGCAGGGCCGGGGGGCCUGGGGGGCCAGGGACGGGGGGAGCAGGCCGAGGCCCCAUCCUCCUGGGACACAGGCCCCGGGCUGGGGGCUGGCGGGACCCCUGCCCUCUCCACACACCCCUAUUUAUUUCCGUUGUCUCCAUGCUGUGUCCCGUUCC